AUGGUGUUGAACAGUAGGUUGGUGGAGACAACAGUGAACAUAUCGACGGAUCUAUGGCAAUACGUGGCUUGUAACCCCGAGAGACUUCCCCGCGCCACCGUCCUCCGUUUCAUCUUCUGCAUCCCUCUCCUUCAGCUCCGCCGCCUCGCUUCCUCUUUAGGAUCUUACCUUUGCUUCGAUUCCGAUCGCUAUACUCACUCCGAUUAA